GCGGGCCGGGCCGGGCUGGCGCGGCGCGGCUCCCGUGCGCACGUCCAGAGCCCCGUCGCCAGCGGCAAGAUGUCGUGGCACCCACAGUACCGCAGCUCCAAGUUCCGCCAUGUAUAUGGCAAAGCUGCCAGCAAGGAGAAGUGCUACAACUGUGUGCCCAUCACCCUCAAUGUCCACGACAACCACUUCUGCGCUGUGAACCCCAGCUUCAUCGCGGUGGUGACCGAGUGCGUGGGCGGUGGCGCCUUCCUCGUCAUUCCCAUCAAGCAGACAGGCAAGCUUGACCCACAUUAUCCCAAAGUAUGUGGUCACAAAGGAAAUGUUCUGGACAUCAAGUGGAAUCCAUUCAAUGACUUUGUAAUAGCUUCAUGUUCAGAAGAUGCCACAGUUAAAAUCUGGGACAUCCCCAAUCAGUUGCUAAAAAGAAACAUUACCACUCCAAAGAAAGAACUUCUUGGGCAUGCUCGAAGAGUCAGUCUGAUUGAAUGGCAUCCCACAGCUGAUAACAUCCUCUUCAGCUCUGGCUAUGACUACAAGAUAAUGAUCUGGAACCUUGGUGUCACGGGCACUGUUCUUUCAAAGCCAGUGAAGAUUCUUGAUGCCCACAAAGAUGUCGUCCUCUCCAUGUCAUUCAACACAGAUGGCAGUCUCCUUGCCACUGCUUGCAGGGACAGAAAGAUACGUGUGAUAGACCCUCGUGCUGGAACAGUCCUACAGGAAGGAAGCUACAAGUCUCACAAAGCCAAUAAAGUGUUAUUCCUUGGAAACAUGAAAAUGCUGUUUUCUACUGGAACAUCUCGGUGGAAUAAUAGGCAAAUUGCAUUAUGGGAUCAAAAUGACCUUUCUGUGCCUUUACUGGAGGAGGAUCUGGAUGGCUCCUCGGGUCUGCUGUUUCCCAUCUAUGACUCUGACACAUGCAUGCUUUAUGUGGUGGGAAAGGGUGAUGGAAACAUACGGUACUAUGAGAUAAGCCCUGAGAAACCAUACCUGAACUACCUGAUGGAAUAUCAUUCUCCCUUACCACAGAAGGGAAUUGGAAUGAUGCCAAAGAGAGGUCUUGAUGUGGCAGCUUGUGAAAUUUUCCGUUUCUACAAACUGAUUCCAACCAAAAGUCUGAUUGAGCCCAUUUCCAUGAUUGUGCCUCGACAGUCUGAAUCCUACCAGGCAGAUAUCUACCCCCUGACUGCAGCAGCCCAACCAACACUGACAGCAGAAGAAUGGCUCACUGGGAUUAACAAAGAGCCUGUCUUGGAAUCCUUAAGACCAGGCUCUGAAGCUGUGAAGUCCCUACCACAGUUUCUUGAGCCAGAGCCCUUCAUGAAAGCUACUAACCUGAGCCAGCAACCAGAGGCACAAGGAAAGAUGUCACUGGAGGACAAGCCAAAGCCAAGAGAGAUUGAAAAUGGCAGAAAAAGGCUGAAAGUGGAGGAGAGUCUGCCAGAAAAUGAGCAAAUAUGCCUCUCCGAUAGCUUCAACAUAUUUGAACGUCCACCACCAAAAACUGAAAAUGAGCUUUUGCAGAUGUAUUACCGGCAACGGGAAGAAAUCCGUCGACUACAUGAAUUGAUAAUCCAGAAAGAUGUCCAAAUUAGACAACUGGAGCUGAAGCUCAGAAACCUCUGCAUGGACACAGGCAAUUACUGAGGUUACUGGCCUACAGCUCUUUGUACCCCUGGACACAGCGGGGGAGACUCCAGUUCUUGCAGAUAACUCCUCCUAGGUUUUUUACUGGAGGUAAAAUUGAUAUUUUAGGCAGCAUGGACUUCCCUGGUUUGUGGUGGUCACAUUUCCCUAAUCAUCACCAGAAAGCUUUUGGUGGACUUGCUGUGCUUCUUCAGGCUCCCCUUGCUUGCCUGCUCACCAACGUCGGAAACUUGUAUAUUAAUGCUAGUGAGAGACUUUGGAAAAUCUUGCUCUUCUGGUCCUGGAGAAGUUACAUGCUAAGCUCUAGGAAUGACCUGUUUUGCUGGCCCUCCACAUGACAGGAAAAUGGAAGACUGAAGGCAGCUACCAGCUCCUUUUCUUGCCCCGGGGCCCAGCAAGGUGGCUUCUGUGGCUGCUGUCCCCUUUGCAGGGAGUCCGCCCUGCUGCGCAUCAGAGGCACCUCUCUAGCGCCACAGUGAUCCUU